GGGAGAAGGGGCUCUUGUCUCUCUUGCACGCGAGCUUGUCACCGUAAGUCAUCUUUCAUCGCUCAGAUAUCCCGUUUCAUCUACUAAUUCCAAGGCAUUGACGAGUUAAUUGCUCUCAGAGUCGAACGGCCGUUAGGUGACAGCAAGACCACGACGAUCUCAUCAAACAAAUAAUCAAGUUUAAAUCAACAUAGAUCUCCUAACGACACUGACCACGAUUCGCGACGAUUCAUAACGCUUUCUCAUUUUCUACUUUGCUUGCUUCAUCAUUUCGAAUCUCGACAACCUGUUUUAAUACGAUCACGACUGCAUAUAACGUUUUUCAAGGACCGUUUGUUCAUAUCAUCAAUUUCACUUACACACGAGACGAGAUGCCUGUGCAACUCCUCUUACGACCAACUGACACCACUCGUGCCCGCUCACCAUCACCCUUCGAAACACCUGCCACAAAGUCUGCCAUCCCCACCAUCCGUCUUAUUUCCGCAACGCCCUCACCAGCUGUCGCUCCCAUGCCCAAAGCCCCGUCCUCAGAUGCAACGCCUCGUAGGCGUCUCGUACCCAAGAAAUCAAAGCUCGGUCUCCUUUCGUCACGAGAGGCUGAUCUAUCAGAUGUGGUCCGCCGCGUUGGCGCACGCGAGUCGAACAAGAAUUCCAGCACGGGCCUCGAAAUAUACGUUGACCCGAUGCUCGAUCCCGAGAUCGGAGAGAUUGUCGUAGUCAAGAAGAAGAAGAGCCGCAUGGCCUUGGAUGGCAUGCGCUGGGGUCCCGCUCUCGGCGAGGAAAAGGAGAAGAAGGAAAAGAAGAAAGACAAGGAGAAUGCAUCGAAGGUAAAGGUAGAUGAGAAGUCCGGUUGGUGGACCAUCGGGAAGGGGAAGAAGGAUUCGAAGGAGAAAGAGAGACCGAGAUCGCCUGAACCGCCCUCAACUAGCAUACCCACCGAGUCCCGAGCUCGGUUCAACUCUCUCGACUCGGGCAUCUUGCUUAACAGCCCAGUGUUCUCUGAGCAUUCCAAGUCGCCCGCAGAGAACCAACAUCUGCGUAUACCAACGCCGCCGUCUGCGACGUUCGCGUCCGCUUCAAAUGGUGCCACACUUGCUCCACCAGGUGCUCCUCCCCUCGGCUCAGGUAAAGAUAGCGUCGCCAUUCGAGCCAUGCGCUCUGUCCGUUCUCUCGCACGUAUUGGCUCCUGGGCACAGCUUAAGAACACGCCCGCGCCCGAUGACACUCCUAAACCUACUCCUACCGCCAUCAGCGAGCCCAAGAAAAAGAAGAAGAAAAAAAAGGACAAGGGUCAAAACAAGGAGAAAGAAAAGGAGAAAGAGAAGGACAAGGCUGCAACUGUUCGCUACUCCGGCAGCAGCUUCGAAGCAGGGGCGCUCAGCGCUAGCCCUGAUAAGAACGCCAGUAGAGCAACUCUUGGUAAGAAGAAGUCCAUCCUUGGGUUGGGCCUCCCCUCCACUAUGCGUCUCCCGUCUAUGCGCAGUGUGUCCUUGACAUCGUCGAUUGGAGCUGCCCAAGCGCAGAGGUCGAAUAAACUGCCGGUGGAUUCAGCUGCCACGUUAGGGAGCGGUAUUCUGGCCAGGACGAGGACAGGAUCCACCAUGACAGCGAGCAGUGCUGGCAGCGUGAGGCCUAUUUCUGUGUCUUCGGGAGGGUCUUCUUCUGGGGGGUGCUCGGUGAGGUGGGACGAGGUUGGGUUAGAAACCGUAAAGGAGGUUAGGAGGAAGGAACGCGCAUUGAAGGAGAAGGACAGCAGCAAGGAAAAGAAAACCAAAGAAACCCGCAAGAGUUCUGAUAGCAGGAAGAGGACUCCACUCUCGUCGGUCUUCCCUGGGAGGUUGUCUGACCAUGAAGAAGGCGAGGGAGUGAAUGAGGAAGAGGCAUCUACUCUGCCAAUUGUCACCAUCGAAGAGGCGACUGUUGACGGCCACAGCGACGUCGAAACACCCAUCAAGCGAGUACGUCAAAGGCCGGUGAGCGAGCAGCUUUUGGGACGCAGUAGGCCCAAGGCUAUGUACGAGGACGAAAAUGACUGCGCAGUAAUGUCCCUCCUGGAUGCAGCCACAAAUGAUCUUGCGCAGCUCAUCAACCGCCUUGAUCUCCAAGCGACGCCGGACAUGUCGCCGAUGAGUGGGCGUUCACCAUCUUUGUUGGCCUCUUCCCAAGCUGGCAGCCCCACAAAAUGUAUCACUCUAGAAAGCCCUGUCAAAUGCCUCCGCGCAAACGCUGCGAGCCACAUUGCACCAUGGGCAACGCUCAAUGCUGGGAUCUCACCUGCGAAAUCUCCGUCAAGGGACUCACACGAGGCAACACCGACCUUUAGGUUCACGCACAAACGUACAAUGAGCCCUGCGCCUGCGGCAGAACCAGAACCGGUCUUCAAAGCACUCCGCCCCGCAAAAAGCAGGGUACCUGUCUCGGGACGCGCUGUGUUCGUAGCGCCCAUGAGCUUACCGUUCACGGGUAACGUGGAUCGUUCACCAUCAUCACGCACGUUUGGCUCUGCACAUUCAAAGUCUAGUUCCCGUGCGUCACUGGGUGCAAGCCCUGUGUUCAAGAAGGCAAGAGGACACGAGAGGAAACCGUCAUCACUUGUACCUGUGGAGCAUGUGCAUUUGCAGUUGCGUUGCGAUACCACCGAUGAUAUCCCGAAACAGCUUGAUAGUCCAAGGUUACUGAUUCUCCCUGAUGCACGCCGAAACCUUGGCCUCGCAGGGACGUUGGGCGGGUCUGUUGGAGGUCAAGAGCUGGAUGCGACUCGGAUCAGCGAAGCGGAUGACACACUAUCGUUCAAUCCUAACCUGACGACCACGCACCCACCGCUGCCCUCGCCUGGGCUGCCGCCCGAGAUGCCACUUCCUUUGCCCAAAGGCUCCGUCACUGAAGUUCCUGUAUUCCGCGCCAAAGUCAUCGACGAGGACGACCACCAUGCUGAUAUUGAAGAGGCUGGAAUGUCCUCUGAAGACGACACCAAGAAAUCCUUUGACUUCACGGGCGAGCUGCAGAAGCUGAACGAGUCCGGUGGAUCUGACAGGCUUAGCUUCGUUGAGCAGUUGGAGAACGCGUUUCGCACCCCUGCCAAGAUUGAUUUGCGGUAUGACUUUGACCUGCCACUUGAUGCACCACCUGUGCCCAAGAUCCCGUCGUUGCAGGCGGAACUGGAACGUGCGGGGGAUAGCACAUUCAGCAUGGACUAUGUGUCGCAGGAGUUCUUACCUCAAGGCUUCCCGAUGGAUGUGGACACUGAACCGUCGACUUCCCUUUGCGCAGAGCUGCCCCAAGUCUUGAGGAACGCUAAGUCCAUGAAGUCCAUGAAAUCGCGACCAUCGGAUGGACGGCUCAAUAGGGACUUUAAGUUUGGCGGCAAGCCAUCGUCUGCACCUUCUACUGAAAAGACCGAGGAGCCACUCACACUGUCAGACAUCAUCCCUCCUUCGGCUGUUGCCAAGUCCCUCUCCUCAACUUCAUUAGCUGGUGACGACUCUGCCCCUCCAUCUCGCGUCCGCCUCGAUUCAGACUCUAGCUCGAAGCGCAUCGAGCGUUCAGCUGCUCGUGCUUCAAAUGUUCCAGGCCACCGCAGACACUCUUCUGAACUGAGCUUUGCGGGCUUUGACUCAUUCGCAGAGGUGAGAAGGGGAUUCGAGUUCCAUGACCAUCGUCCGAAUUUCUACCCUCCACCGGGAGCCAAUUCGCGUAGCCAGCACAACAAGCACGAGUCUAUGUUCAGCAUUGCGUCUAUCUCGUCAUAUGGACAGGUCAUCAAUCAUGGGUCCACGGAUCCUUUCGACUAUGGAGCGUUGCCACUCCCAAGCCUUCGGGAGCGUCCUUCCUCGGACGAGUUCUCUUUCACCAUGUCUUCUCUUGAUGAUACGUUCUCCUUCAUCCACAAACAACCUCGCAGGAGACUUCACUCGCAGAUGCAUCCAUAUAAUCGUAUUGCUGCUCAUCGUCGCCACUCAUCUUCAGCCUCCGUCUCAUCGUUAGGUCCACCAAUCAGCUUGUACAACCGCAACAGCUAUGGACACAACCGCAGCAGCUAUGGAUACCGCCGCCGUAAUGACUCGGGCGCUAGCACAAGCAGCGUUUCCCAACCAUACGCUCAUGGCGGGCGUGCCUCGUGGGCUAGGCAUCGCCCCGACUUUUCCAUUGACUCCAUGCUCAGCGACUUCUCGGAGAUUAACCUGGGGAGGCCAGGGCUGGGAGACAAGAUGCUUGACUCUGCUUUGGAUCGCGGGAUGCCACUGACUGCCAUUUCUGCAUCACCGCCUGAAAGCCCUGCUGGGAGCAUCCAAAGCGAGCAGUUCCGGGCGUGGUCGAUACGUGAAUCGCAUCCGGCGCCCAACAUGGAAGACUCGCUCUUUGAGAAGACUGGCCAUAGGACAUCCGUUUCUUCGUCUGACUCUGCGUUCUUUGCUGUAGACUCCUCGCAUGCACCGCCUCAAUUCAAACGGUUAUCAAGCUACAGCAUUGCUAGUGUUCACAGUCCGCCGAAGGAAGAUGACACAAUGAUCAGCAUGCUUGGCGGUGGCCAUGUUCGACGCCGUUCCGUAGGAUCCAUGAUCGAAGCCUCGCCUUGUCGCCAAGUUGAAAAAAGGAAAUAUAUGGCAUCUGACGCCCCUCAACCAAACUUCCGUCGUAAGGGUGACGACUACGAAUCUCCGAAGAGUCGAGUUCUUGAAACCAAGCCGUCGAUUGCCUCCACUGCAUAUUCAGAGAAGUUCGGUGACGAGCGCAUGAUCAGAGCAAAGCACGGUCUCUUGGAGAGGCAGAGUUUGGAGAACACAGUGUUGAUCGCAGAAGGAGAGGAAGAUCUGUCAACAUCUUUCCGUAUCCCUGUCUUCACACGCCCUCCUUGCGUAGGCCGUUCUCGCUCCAGCACUUGUACGUCUAUGAGUUCUGGUGCUGAGACCCCUCCACUUUCAAUCUCGGAUGGAUAUUCCUCGUUCUCGGAAGGCUCGCAGUCCAGCAUUGACCUUUCACAUGUCAACUGCAUGCUUUCUAACGUCACUCACCCUCUGUCGAAUGCUACCUUUGACCGAGUCCGACCACGCGCUCGCGGCCACGGUCAUCAACGACGUAUCUCUCAGGCCCGUGCAUCACGGACGUCCAUUUAUGAGACUAUCGAGGAGGAACACACAACAUCGCUUCCCCCGACUUCGUCACUUCAGUCGCCUCUAGGUCCUGCGACAAACAAUAUCCAACUUCCUGAUUCGGCGACAAAGAUAAUUGGUCGUACUCCUGUGUUUGUUGCUGAUCCCGAGACUGCGUCUGUGGAUUCAGUGUCGUUAUGGGAUGACGAAAGGGGAAUCACGGCGCUACGCAAGUACUAUGCGCUUCGCGACGAAGCUGAAGAUACGGUAACAGAGAGUCAGCGAGUCUGGCUCGACACGCCGUUUUCCGUCUUCGCAGUUCAAUCAUUUGAUCCUCCUAGUCAUCCUUCAGGCAUGCGAGCGCUCUUAGAACAUUCAAUACAGAACUACGGGCCUCUGCCUUCAGAUUUGCGCCCUCGACGCACGCGAUCUCGCGUCAACUCUCGACCCUCGCCCUACCCUAGGACUUUCAAGACCUCGUCCACAUCUUCUCCGGCCACCGAGCAAAUGAGGGCAGCCAUUGUUGCAGCUGUCGCUCCCAGUGACAAUAUGCGCGCCCAAGGACAACCUAAGGCGCUGCAACAGAUUUCCGUCAACCCUAACAUCAUGUCGCAUGCGGUCGAAAACACCAAGGCGGGCGAAUUCAUGAAGGACGCAGCGAUAUCACCUGGUAAACUCGAGCGCAUGUUUGGCCUCCCACCCCGUCCCCGCGUGGGCUCGGUCGCACGAAGAGCUGCUUUGGGUUGGGCUAAGAGGAGCAGUGGCCGCAAUGGGUUGGAGAAUAAGGAGAAUGCUAGCAUCGGUAACAUCUCUCUGGCAGCUGUUCCUAGUAAUAUGUCGCAAGGCUCGGUCAUGACGCCAUCGGAAACAUUAAGACUCAACCGACCCCGUCCUAGGGGAAGGCCCACUCCUGCUUCGGUGAGGCCCAUCCGUAUUUGACAGGGCUGGAAAACCUGUCGUUGUCCUCUUACGUUAACUCCUUAUCACUAUGCUAUGACUAUUCUAUGCAUAUCCUUUCUUGCUUUUCUGAUACAAUCAAGCUCAUUGAAAACAUUGUCCUGCAAUCGAUGUUUGUAUAUUUCGUCUCCCAUAAUAUUGCCGGGUUCUCGGCGAUAGUAACACGUAGCGAGCAGUGAAUGAUGUAAAUAAAUUUCUUGAAAUUUCGGUGCUAUUGCUCGUACAGG